CAAUACUUACACACACAAGUGUGACUGAGCUUUCUGCAAAGAUCAAAAGAAUGGAAUCCAUCCGAGUCAUCUCCACAAGCUUAGUCCAAGCACCAAACCAAAGCAAUGAAUCAACUGAACAGAAGAUCCAUUUAACCCCUUGGGAUCUCAUUUUUCUCCCACUUGAAACCAUCCAGAAAGGCCUUCUGUUUCAGAAACCCACUAAAACAGAACACCACCAUACACCAUUCCAAAUCAACAACCUCAAACAUUCAUUCUCCACCACCCUCGCCUUCUUUCCACCCCUCACUGGCCGUUUUGUCAUUACACACCACAACGAAGACAAAGAUGCCACGUGUCACAUCCUCUGCAACAACCAAGGAGCACUCUUCGUCCACGCAGUAGCAGAGAACACAACCGUCAACGACAUUCUUCAAGCUAAGUACGUUCCCUCCAUUGUUCACUCCUUCUUCCAGCUUAACGGCGUUCACAACCACCAAGGCACGUCCCAGCCACUCUUUGCCGCUCAAGUCACGGAGUUAGUUGACGGCGUCUUCAUUGGUUGCACUCUCAAUCACACCCUCGGAGACGGCAGGUCGUUUUGGCAUUUUGUCAAUUAUUGGGCGGAAAUCUCGCGCAGCGGCUUCAACAACAAACCAUCGAAGCUCCCUUCACUCGAACGCGCGUUUCUGGUAAACGACGUUGAGCUUCCAAUACGGUUCCCUUUCAUAGAAAAAGACUUCGAAAUCAUACCCAAUCCAGAACCGCCGCUACCAGAGAGGUUCUUCCACUUCACAAAGGAGAAAAUAGCAAGGCUGAAAGCGAAAGCUAACGCAGAAGCUGGCACAGAGAAAAUCAAAAUCUCUUCACUGCAAUCACUUUUAACACAUCUUUGGAUCUCUGUUUACCGUUGCAAGCGCGUGGAUCCUGAAGAUGAACUCUCCUACUUCAUUUCACUUGGAGUUAGGCCACGGUUGGUUCCACAGUUGCCGGAGAGUUACUUCGGAAAUGCGGCGAUUUUCGACAGCGUGAGGAUGAGAGCAAGGGAGCUUCUAGAAGGUGGAAUUGGAAAGUGUGCUCUUGAGAUGAACAAGAUGAUAGCUUCGUACACUGAUGAGAAGGUGAGGAGUCACUUUGAAUCUUGGUUGAGAAACCCAACUUUGUUUACUUUGGGGAGAGUGGCUAAUAGUAAUUCUUUGACGACUAGUAGCUCCCCGCGCUUCGAUGUUUAUGGUAAUGAUUUUGGGUGGGGAAAGCCUGUGGCGGUUCGGAGUGGCGUCGCAAACAAGCGUGCCGGAAAGAUGACCGUGUUUGCUGGGAAUGAAGAAGGUAGUAUUGACCUCGAAGUGUGUCUUCCAUAUGACAUCUUGGAGGCUUUGUGGAAUGACACUCAGUUCACUAUGGAUUCCGUUUCAUUUCAAGGUGAAGGGUCACAUGCAGAGUUAUUAGUUGAGAAUUUUUAGAUAAUUUGAUAUAUUUUUUUGUAAUUUUACCUAAAGAAAAACAAAUGUAUUAGAGUUUGAGUUUCUACAUAAUUCAAUCUAAUGAGUGGUGGGGCUUUCGUAUUUAGUUGUUCAGUUAGUUUGACUGUCUUUGGAUUCUGUCCCAAGAUUCUUGCAUCUUUGCUGUGGGCAUUGUGAAUUCAAUAAUAUUCUUGUAAGUACUUUAA